UUUUCUUGAAGUCAACUGCUGCCCAGGUACUGGUUUUUGGCUGGAUUUCAGGCUCAAGCCUCAUUAAUUUAUUGUAAUCAGGAGCUCUGCUUUUAGGCUUAAAUAUUAGUGUUUUCAUUAACCCUCCCCUACACUGCCCACCUUCCUACCCCUAAAGAAAAUUACAUCCUCAGUAGCUGCCAGUUUAUGCCUGUGAUCUGGUUUUAAGACCUAAAAACUGGACAUUCUGCUAAAUGCUUACAAGUUCUAUGUAAAAAGUUAAACUGAUUUUGUAUCAAUCGAUUCUGUUCUGUCAUAUAAGAGGCCUCCAUGUAUCCCACAUCCCGUUAACUUUCCGCUGAAAUAUCCUGUGUCCUGUUACUUCCAGUUGCAAAAUUAACAAUUUUCAUACUCAAUAUCCUGGGAUAUCUGAUCUUAUAACCCACACUUAAAUUUCACGCAAUUCUAUUGGCUACUUUACGUCACGUGGUGCAAAAUUACUGGGCAGUUAUCACGCAAAAACCUCCGCCUGCGUCGAUAAUUGCCCUGCAACUGUUUCUGUUGAAAAGAAACAAAGCUAAAAAUAAUAAAUCCAGCUCUAGAAUAUCACAUUGUCAUCUUUAUUAUUUUUCAUGGAAGAAAAACAAACUAUUUUCGUGGACUCCGCUGAUAAUGACAUUAAAAAAAAAAAACUGGUCGCCAAGCUGUUCCGAUAAGUACAAAAAAGUGGACAAAAUAUGCAAAAAAUUAAUGGGAGGGUUAUAAAAUAAAUAAACCCCUUUCUGGCUCGCUGGUAUGUUGGCUCAUAAUGUCCUUGGCUGAGAGAUUGUCCUCAAAAUUUCACAUUUGCCCUCAAAGUUUCACUUCUCGGCCAAAUAUUCAUUUUUUGGACAAUAUCUCAGCCGUGGACAUUAUCAGCCGACAUAGCGGGCGCCAGAAGGAGUUUAUUUACUAAUUAAUAUGCCAUAUCUCAUAAACUCUUUCCCCAAAAUAUCCUGUAUCCCGUUAAUUUUUACCAAAAUAUCCCGCAUCCCGAAGUCAUAAGGAUUGUCGACUUCGAAUUUCCGUGUCCAUCAAUUUAGCAAGUUCCGAACUAAGCCCCGGCCACUUACCAUUUCUUUCAUUUUUUCGAGCUUCGCCUUUAUUUUCCCAGUCCCUGGUUUUGUUUGGUCGAGUUCUUCCCUGCCAUGCUGAAAGUGGAACGUUGUGGAUCGGUGCGUUGAUCUGAAAGGUCUUGAACCUCGCUGCCACAGAAUGCCUCCGGAUAUGCGAUCUUCAGACGAGUACCGAUACCCAAGAAAGCUGACGCUAGAGAUGAAGGCAGCAGGAAUAGUAUACUUGAAUUUUGAUGUAAUGAAGUUAGGACCAAAACAUUUUUUUAGGGUUGAACUUAGGCGGAGUGUCUUACAACCUCUGCAGACACCCGCCAUCUUGAAGGGAAUAGUCACCAAUCCUCUCCAUGGAAAACCAGUGCAACGCGAUAGCCUGGGUAUCGGGACAAAAUUCAACAUGGCGUCUGGAGGAGGUAUUAUCAAAGGAGUCAAAGGUUUUUUCCAAAAACCAGCUGUAAAAACUGUCGUGAAAACCCUGUUUCCGGAUCCUAUGGCGAAUUUCAAGUAUUCAGAAGUUUUGUGGAACUUUAGAAAUAAGGAAACCCUGGAGCAAUGGACGCUUAUCACAGAUGAGCAGUUUGGUGGCAAAUCUACAGCCGAGUUUGUACGAAGUCCAGGCGGAAAAGCUGUGUUUAAAGGGAAUAUUUCUACUGAAUUACCCGCAGCCACGAAUGUUAAAUACAGUGGUAUGUGCUCUAUCAGAUCACAGCCACAAAGGGAUAGGAAAGGAGAUGUGACAGCAAAUGAAGUAGCAGAUUAUGAUGGUAUUGUUGUAAGAUUAAGAGGAGACGGUAGAACCUAUACACUUAAUGUUCAGACAAAGGGCAUCAGGGAUGACGAUAUACAUCAGUCUUUUUUUCACACAAGAGGAGGACCAUACUGGGAG